AUGACGAUGUCGGACACAAGUGCAACAUACAGUCUCCACAACCACUACGGGAGGAUUAAUAAUGUAUGCACCAUUAGCCCACAGGCGUCACCCAGCCCAUCAGCAUUACCUCAAACCGUCGAGGAGCACUUUGAUGCAGAGGCUUUACUUAAAGAACAGAGACAUCUCUUGGAGAGUUCCCCUGCAGCCGAAAUUCGUGCCUCACCAUUUCUUCGAUUUCGGUUGAACGCCCAACAGAAGUUCACAAUGCAGCACAAUCAAUACCUGGAGCGAUGUGCGCAGAGGGAAGCCUCAGACAGGAACCCGCACCCACUCACAGCAUCUGCAACUGGUCUAAGGGAACAGUUUACACAACAUUUGGGUCGUCAAAGCAUUAGUCAAGGACAAAACCAAAGCUAUCAAGAUGGGGAAGGGUUGUGUUGUUCCGGCUGUCAAAAUCGUUUUGUGGAUGCCAUUGCUUUGAACAGACACAAGUCCACUUGUAGCGAAUAUGCUGCACUGGUGUUACAACGCCGUGGAAGCGAAAAACUACAUUACACAGCCCGCUGCUUUUCUACUAGGGAAACUGCUGUUACGCCGAGCAACACAGAUAUACGUCCCAUACUCAGUAUUCGAGAACGCGCCGAGGAUCCUCAACCGAUACCAGAUGUGCUCACAGCACGUGGCGGACACUUUUCGUAUCGCAACCAACUUUCCACUCACGGAGGUUAUCAGGGAAAUGAGGGAGAGAAUGCCGCUGCAGUCGCUGUGUUUUCACCUAAGGCGGGAAGUGGAAGUUUGAGCCGCUCUCUUCCAACCCCAACAUCUUUGCGUGAGGAUAUGCAUAGCGAAUUUGAGGCGCGAGACACAAAACACAACAUCCGUGCUCGCACCCAGUCGCAGGAGUUAACUCCGCCGACACCAACCUCCACAUGGCACCAGCCGUCUACUUCACUCAGGGUUACUUCAAUCGAUGAGGUUCCAGCCUCUGUGGCUGCUAGGCAGAGUGUAGAUGCAACGAUGCCCACAACUCCUCUCGGCUACCAAUUGGGUGAACGAUUUGAUGUGGAUAUUUCGGUAGACAAAAGCAGCUUUGGUGCAGGGACAUUCCAAGGCAUGGUGUCGUAUUCCCACCUUGGAGGUGGUGUAGAUAGCUUAAGAGAGUCCUCUGAGCCUCCUGACGAGCCACUUAAACCGUGUCCCAGCUGCGGUCGUCAGUUUUUCGCCUACUCACGGUGGCCCCGGCAUGUGGCUGUUUGUGACAACAAACGUCAGCAAAUAAACUCUAGAGGUGGUGGCUCGGUUUCCUCCAUCUCCUCGUUUCGUUUCCCAUCAGGAAACGCCAACCGCCUCCCGCAAACUGCCCUGGAAAAGUCGACGGAAUUAGGCGGUACCACCACCACUACCACUACUACUACUACUGCCACUAAACUGACACGCACAAACACUUCAGAGAAGAGAAAGAGCCUUGGAGCCAGUUACGUGGAACCUAGUAUUGAGAGGAGACCACUGAGUGCGUCAAACCGAGGUAGGGACGCUAUGGAAGGACCGAAUUUUGUGCGGACGUCGACGUAUAGCAGUGAAACUUUUGCAGAGGAAGAUGGCCAAGUUGUUGAUGAUCGCGUACCGUGUCCUUCAUGCGGGCGUCGUUUCGCCACCCAUGUGGCCGAAAGGCAUAUUCCCCACUGUCGUGAACGCAGCGAAGGGAACCCACCAAUACGGUUGUAA